AAUUCGCGCGCGGCUGUUACAUUUGCUGCGUUUCGGAUCAUUAUUUAUUUUGUUUCGAUUUCUCGCGAAGUUACAAUUAUAACUUUUUUUAUUUCAGAUAACUGUUUAAAUUAAAGUUAGUACAAAAGACUAGAUUUGUUGUAUAGACUGUGUUUUUAAACUAUGUGCCCAGUGUGUGUGUGACACUAUGGAUUUAUGGUGAUAUAAACAGAAGUGACAUUGUGCAUGACCACUGCGAUCAUACGAGUUCGAUUCAAGUUUGGAUGUCUUAAUAUAAGAUAAUGCACAGUUUAUUGGCUGAUCUUGAAGACUGAUUAAAAUAAUUACUAAGCCAAUUAGGAAAUGAUAGGUCCAUGAAGUUUCUCCCCAGGACGGACUCGUUUCAGGUUGUGAUCCUCGAAAGAGUCCAAAUACUGCAAUGACUACUGCGAUGGCUGCUCACCAAGAAUCUAUCCACGAGAGACUACAGCCUGCACCUGAGGAACCUUUGUACCUGCACCAUGAAGCGUCGUCAUGGCCGGAGUCGUCCGACCACCAGGACGAGCACAGCACCGACAUGUCCCCAUACUAUAACAUGCCAAAAAGAAACAAGAGAAAGAAUUUCAAACCACGAUGUGCUCCCAACACUACAGCAUUUUCGGACGACUCCAAUGGAGCGAACUGUGAUGAAACGGGCAGUCCUAUCAAUGGAAACGAUAGAACGACCCCAGAAAAUAUCGGUGAAGAUGACAAAGACGAUGGCAAUUACACUAAAAUUGGUGUCAAAAAUUUCAGUCUCCUAAAAGGUGGUGCAGUUGACCUAAGCAGAAGACUGAGCACUGACUCCAAUGAAAACAUAGACUCAAAUUACCAAAAUAGGUUACCGGAGGAUAAGAAAGUAGACUCGUUUCAACAUUCGUACAUACAUAGUUUACAAAUAAACCAGGGCGCCGAGAGAGAUCGGACAGUCCUAAACUUUAGUAAUUUACAAAAUAAGACGUUUUGUGCCAAAAAUCCUUUUGCUAUAUCUCAAUUAAUAAAGACUAACUCACCGCCAAGAAGAAGGGACUCAGACUCUGACGAAGAUAAGGGUCAAGAUAUAAAUGCAAAUGAGAGAUUAGAGGAAAACCAGGAGCAGAUGGAAACGAAUGAGACUCAACAGAAUGGUGACGCAUCAAAUGCUACAAAUAGAAUAUUAAGAGAUUACGCCAUGAACACCAUGAAGGAACUACUCGGAAUAUACGGAUUAUCUUCUAAUGAAGUCGCUGAUGCUAUCAGUGGACAGAUCAGAGCUUUAGAAGCUCUCCAAGGUAAACCAUUUACGCAACUGCCUUUAGGUUUGAAAAGGCGGCAUGAUUCUGGAAUGGAAGAUGGUACUGACAGGAGUAUGAGAAGAUCCUCAUCAGCUACUGAAGAUGAGGGUUCCACAAACAUCACACCACCGAAAACCCCUGAUAACGACAUUGAGGCUCAGAGGCAAAGAGCUCUACAAAUCAUAAACCAGCAAUCAAUGAGGCUGUUCAACAGAUCUCAAGGUCCAGAGGAGGAUGGAAGUGGAUCUGAUGACGGAGAUCAAACUCUUGACCUUAGCGUAUCAAGAGAUACUGAUGGACAGGAACAAUCGGCGACCUCGAGCGCCGCCAACAGUGUUUCAGAAUUUGAGCAACAAAAUCUUCUGAUGAGGAAAAAUUUAGAGGAUCUAGCUAAUUUACAAAUGCAGGGUUUCUUCCAAAAGCAAUCAUCAAUGGAUGCGGAUGAUUCUCAAGAAAGAAAACUGCAGGCGAGCGGUCUGCUCUCGGCGUUGAAUCAUUUGGACCAGGCACGGAAGAAUUCUUUGCAGACCACAGUCGACUACUCCAGAUACGUUAAGAGGUACAGCUCAACUUUAGAAUGUGGUUCCUCAUACUGCAAGGACCUGGGUUACCGGGAGCAUUUCCACUGCAUGGACUGCACUGCCAGGGUGUUCUGCAAGAAGGAGGAGAUGAUUAGACACUUCAAAUGGCACAAGAAACGCGAUGAAUCUCUAGCCCAUGGUUUCAUGAGGUACUCUCCCCUGGACGAUUGCUCUGAAAGAUUCAGUGACUGUCCUCACAACCGGAGUCAAACCCACUACCACUGCAUCCAAGAUGGCUGCGAUAAGGUAUACAUAUCAACUUCAGACGUGCAAAUGCACGCCAAUUAUCACAGGAAAGACUCUGCUAUCCUUCAGGAGGGUUUCCAAAGGUUCAGAGCUACUGAGAGCUGUGCUGCACCGCAUUGCGUCUUCGCCGGUCAAAGGACCACGCAUUUCCAUUGUAGACGACCUGGAUGCACUUAUACUUUCAAGAAUAAGGCUGAUAUGGAAAAACACAAGACAUACCACAUCAAAGAUGAAGCCUUAUCUAAAGAUGGUUUCAAGAAAUACAUGAAGAAUGAAGCUUGUCCCUACCGGGACUGUCGGUUCAGCAAGACGUGCAACCAUAUCCACUGCAUCAGACCCCAUUGCAACUACGUGCUGCAUUCCAGCAGUCAGAUCUUCACUCAUAAGAGGAAGCAUGAGAGGAAGGAACAAGAAAUGAGCUUUGGACUUCCUACUUCGGUGAUUCAGAGUGCGCUGAUGCAACCAGGAGCUGACUUAAGCAUGUAUUCUCCAGGAGGAAAUGUCCUCGUCGAUGACGAUAUGUCCAAUCCAAUGAUGGAUUCUGACUACCCGCAUCCAUUUAAUCCGGCAUUAGUUGAAGAGAUUUCAAGGAAAUAUAUUGAGACAUUUAAUGGAGGCAAAGAGGCUGAGGAUAAAUGCAACAAAUGCAGCGCUUUCAACAAGCAUUAUCAUUGCUUGGCUGACGGCUGUAAAAUGGCACACAGCUGUCACACUACAAUGGUAAAACACGUGAUGGAACACGAGCAACAGAACCAAGUCACUGAAGCCUACUUCGUAACGUACACUCGUCACAACCCUUGUGGCAACUCAGCCUGCCAACACAUCAGAGACAUCACCCACUACCACUGCACCUGGGAAAACUGUGGAGCAGUCAUCCUAUCCUCUGAAGAGCACCCAUUCAGACGUCUAGAGCAUCAUCGCCAACACGCGAUUCUGAGCCCAAUGUCUCCGAACUUAGCAUCCAGAUUUGCUCCAAACUUCACACCUCAACUGUCCGCUCAGCUGCAUCCGAAUAUGGCAGCUCAACUCGGUCAAGUCCCGAAUUUACCCAGUCUUCCGCCAAACUUGGCACAAUUAGCCCAAAUGGCACCAAGCUUGUCUUCACAGUUGACACCCAACUUGCAAGCUCAGUUGAACCUUGGACCUAAUCCUGGAGUAGUUCCUCAACAAGUCAACCCAUCGAGUUCAUUAGAUGAAAUGUUCAGCAGAAAAAGGGGCAGGCCCCCGAAGAACAGAGUCGUGGAAGUCUAUACUGACAAUAUCACUCCAACCGCCAUAUUCACGUCGUUCAAGUUACCGAAGAGUAAUCAGUUACCGCCGGUCAUACAGUCACCGGUUAUUCCAACAAUUGAAGAAUUCCCUCGCAUCAAGUUCCAACACUUCGAAGUGUUCACCAGCCCUGACACAUGCUCGUCCUCCUAUCCCGCCUGCCAGCUCCGUAUGGCUCGACUACAUCUUCACUGCUCCAACUGUAGCUUUGCUGGCGAAACUCACAUUAUCAUGGAGACCCACAUGAGGGAAGUUCAUGGUGUCAGUCCAUUAUUAGAAGGAUUUGAUUAUUUCGCAUCAUUCGACCAGUGUGGUGGAAAGAGCUGCUUCAAGAACCAAUUGCGAUCUCAUUUCCACUGCGCCCAGGGUAACAACUGCCCAGCGAUUUUGACUCAAUACUCCGCAUUAGCCACUCACAAACACGGCAGGGGUACUCCUGUGAUCAAGAGUGAGACAGAUCAGGAGAAGCAAUUCGAGGAAGCCAAAGAUUAUUCUUUGAAAGAGCGAGCUUCAGUAGAUAGUGUUAGUUCCAUGAAGGAGCCCAACGAGUCAUUCACACCAGCGAACUUCUCAAUCAAGAGUGAGUUUGAAAGAGAACAGGAUAGCGUGUCCGUAGUAAAAGCGACCGGUACCUUCUACCCGUCAUCACAUCUCCGGAGUAACACUUCGUCUCCGUCACCAAGAAGCAUCUAUGAUGCCUCACCAUCAAAGGAACUGAAACCCCGUAUGGAUUAUGACCAGAAGAAAAUGUUCGAGCCACCGAAGAUCACAGGACCUACCAUCCCACCUUCAUGCCAUGAUCAGACCUGUCCUUUGAACAAGAACUCAACAGGAAUGAACCUGCACUAUCAUUGUCCUCAUUGCAGUCAAGCGUAUGUGGAUCUGAAACUGCUGUUCAGUCAUAUGGUGAAGAAACACAGUAAUUCCAUGGAGCCUGGUCCAGUUGGACUAGCUGCCACUAAGGAGACUUUGGAGAGGGAAUAUCCUGAGAUAUCGAUAUUGCCUUCAACUGCAUCAUCAUCGUCUACCAGCCAAGCACCUUCUCCUAGCCACAGUCAGCGACCUCCAAAUCCUGCUGAUCAGGUGCAGGUAGUGCAAAGCCUUCUUCUGCAACAGUAUCUAGCAGGUGGCAGGAAAGGAAGUCUGCAGGAACAGCUGAAGAUGCAGCAGCAGUAUACAGCUUCAUUAGCUGGUCUUCCAGGACUAGCACAAGUUGCUUUAUUCUCACAGGGUGGUUCUCCAUUCUCUCUGUACCCAACAAUGCUGUACCCACCAGAGCUGCUGCUGGAACAGAGUCUUCUUCAAGGUCAUGGUCUUCCACCAGGUCUGGAUAAGGAAGCAGAAAUGAUUGCCAAGACCAGGCGAACCCAUACCACGCGUGGUCCUCACAUGCGCGUCAUGAAAGAUGAGCCUAUCCCUGAAGGCUACCUCCGCUUCAGAUUCAACGAGGACUGCGCUUACCAGCACUGUGGAUACAGGGAGCAUCAAACGCAUUUCCAUUGCACGAGAAAGGAUUGUGGCUACUCAUUCUGCGACAAGACAAGAUUCGUCCAACAUACUGCUAGACAUGAAAGAUUGGACACGUUGAUGGGCGGUGACUUCCAGCAGUACAGAGCUAAUGUCUACUGCAAGCGACCGGAGUGCCCACAUGCGUCGACAUUCGGAACAGGACAGAACAAGGCAUCUCACUUCCAUUGCCUAAAAUGUGACUUCGUGUGCACCGACACCAAUAAGGUCGUCGCCCACCGUCGGCAGCAUCAGAAACUCGAUUCCAUCCAGGCUGCUGGCUUCGAGAAGUUCCCACCUAGCAAAGGUUGUGGCUACGAGCCUCAAUGCAUCCACAGCAAGAAGCAGACCCAUUACCACUGCUUACAGUGCGGUUUCGCAGUCCUCGGCCUCUCUCAGAUGACGUCACACAAGUACAAACACCAGGAAGCGAACCUUGGACCCUCCACCAGCGGUACCAACUGACUAGAGACUUAACGAAAAGUGACUUGAAACAAACUCAAGAUAUGAACCUAAGACUUUCGAAAAGUGAAUAUUGUGGAAAGAAUGUGUGAUUUGUAGCACAGUUGUUUGUCUGAAAUUCAGGCUAGAUAUGUUUUCAGAAGUGCCUAGUGUUUUAGGAGACCUAAAAUGUCAUUCAGACUUAGUAUUUCGAUUCGAUGAAAUUGUAGAAUUAGGAACGUUGUCGCGUCACUCAAUUUUAGAGCGUCAUAAGACAGUGAUAGAGUUUAUAUUGUAAUGUCACUGUGUCGUAAACUUAGACCCUAAUUCUACUGAAAUCUAUCUAUGAAGUAGAUUCCCCAAUAACUUGUGCCUUAGUCACAAACUGGAUAACUUAGUGGCAAAUACUUUUGUGCCAAAACAGAACUAGUUGAAAACUAUUGUUGAAUUUAUUGAAAAGCGAUUAUAAUAUAAUGGGCGUGAGGAGUCGUGUGUUUAGUAUAUUUUCCUAAAAAUGUAUGAACAAAAAUGUGAAUAACCCAUAUAUGCAACCGCAUGCAUGUCUAUCUAGUUAUAGCAACAACCUUUAUAUGUUUCACAAGUUACUUUGGUCCUUUAAACUUAAAUUGCAGUUAAGUAGACUUAAAUCCAAAGGCUGUUGCUAAAAUGUAGAUAAAAAUAUAUUUAAAGUGUGUAUUUCCUAAAUCCUGACCAAUCUUAGUUGUUAGUUUAUAUAAAUAUUUAUAUUUAUUACUUCCCCAUGAAAAAGACAUUUUUACGAAUAGUAUUAUUAAAUGUAGAACUUCGUGAAAUUAUAUUAAAAACAAAUCAUAUUUAAGGCAAUAAUAUUUGGGUUAAGAACGCCACUUUGUGCCUGGAGGGUAAAAUUCAUGACAAUAUCGUCUUUUGGGAUAAAUUCUGGUAGAAAAAAUACUCAUUAAAAUCCCUCCCUUAUCGACUUAUUUAACAUCAAAAUACGCCUCACUAUCAGAAAUUAUCGCAAAACAAUCUAGUUUUACAUUCGAAAAAUAUUAUAUUUAAUAAAAAAAAACAUAUUUAAUUAAAAAAAACGUCAAUUCUAUA